AGUGCAGUCAAAAUUUAAAGUAUUCGAAACGGAAAGCUUAGCUUUCAACUUUGCAGCUAUUUUUGCUGAAACAUUUACUUCAUUUAAUUAAUUAAAAUUAAAAAUAAUUUGCUUUAAAAUGUAAAAGAAAACAAAAAUAUACUUGAGGCGAAAAACUAACAAAUUUCGACACGAAAGUAGCUAUUGAAGCAGCGCAAGGAUAAUAAAUUCACAGCAACAAAAAAUUAAAUAAAACAUAACAAUUACCGAAAAAUAAUACAAAAAAAGUUAAAAGAAUCCUUAACGCUAAGUGAAGUGGCAACAAAACAAAGAACAUGAAUAGGGUCCUGGUCCAUUGUUUGUUAGCGACGAUACUCAUUUAUAAAGUUAUUUCAGUGCCAACACAAACAGAAGUUCCUAAGGAAGAAGAAGAUGAUGACUGGGAAGAUGAUGAUGAAUCAUCAGAAGCUGACGAUGAUGGUCGUGUUUAUAAAAAUCCUCGCAACUCUCCGUCGACUGACUGUCCAAGAGAUGAAGAGCAGGCAACAUUGCUAGGACAAAAAUGUCUUAGAAAGUGUUCCUCUGAUGAAGAUUGUAAAAGUAAGAAGAAGAAAUGCUUAUGCGAUGGUGUAUGCGGUAUGUCCUGCAUUAAACCAGAUCGCGAAUGCCCUGAAUUGGCCCAGCCAACAUUGGGUUUGGUUUCUGUUGCUGGUCGACACUUUGGUGCACGCGCUUCUUAUUCAUGUCCACAUGGUUUUCAUGUUGUCGGUCUACAAAAUCGUAUAUGUUUGGCAGAUGGUAAUUGGGCAGGUGCUGAGCCAGCGUGCAAGCAAAAUAUUUAUUGCUUGAAGCCUCCACUAAUUGAUCACGCACGUCACUCUGCCCUACCAGAACAGGAGACAUUCGAUUUGGACUCCACUGUACAAUAUCACUGUCAUACUGGAUAUGUGACAAAUGGCUUUCCACGAGCUAAGUGCUUGGCAAUUGAUGGUCAAGCGAGUUGGUAUGGACCUGAUAUACAAUGUGAACCUCGAUCGUGUGGACUACCACCAGAUCCCGCAUAUGGUUGGCAUGCCGGUGAGUGCUACACUUAUGGCUGCAAAAUCACCUACAAUUGUGGUACAGGUUAUGAGUUGGUUGGCAAACAUGAACGGUAUUGUCAGUCCGAUGGCUCGUGGGUACCAAAGGAGUUGCCAACGUGUGUCUUGGUUACAUCUGUAGUAUGUCCAACUCCGGAAAAUCCCAAAAAUGGUAAAGCGACAUACACUACGCUGGCUUAUAAUUCAGUCGUUAGUUAUGAAUGUCGCUACGGUUAUACACUGGUAGGUGAAAGUUCUAGUAGGUGUGGUGCCGAUCGUCGCUGGAGUGGUACACUACCAAUAUGUAAAGAAAUUAAUUGUGGACACCCUGGUGUACUAUUUAAUGGGUGGAUUGAAAAUAUCGAAGCGGGUACUGGUCUUGGUGCAAGUAUUAUAUUUCGUUGUCAGCCAGAAAUGUUAAUACAAGGUCAUUCUUCAAGUGUUUGUCAAAUUGAUGGACGUUGGCGAAAUGCAUUACCUGAAUGUCUGGCACCAUGUGUGGUACCAACAAUUAGUCAGGGUUAUGUUAUACCUAUUGAAAUAGUAACAGAUGAAAAUGGUACAGUAAUUAUAACACCAACAUCUACACAAACGCCUAACACAUCAUCAGGUGUAGAUAAAGUAAAGCAUGGCACUGCCUUAGAAGUAAAAUGUGAAGAAAAUUAUGAAUUUCCGGUUUCAUUAUUAAGUCCGCCAACUUGUAAUAAUGGUACAUGGAGUAUAAUACCACGCUGUGUACCAGCACGUUGUAAAAGUAUGCCAAAACCGCCAAAACAUGGCAUGGUUUUGGCACCCAAAACAGAACAUGGCAUGAAAGCAAGAUUUAAAUGUAAGGAUGGCUUUAAGCUUAUAAGUCCCGAAGGAAGAGACAUUACUGAUCCGAAUGAAUAUGUAUUAACUUGUUCAUUUGGCAAUUGGACGGGAGAAACACCACAAUGUCAAGAAGUUUUUUGCUCUUUUCCUGGGUACAUACCACAUGGUAAAGUGUUACUGGUUGGCAACAUGGGUCUCUACGAUUACAGACCCUAUGUAAAGAAGAUUGUUAAUAAUAAACAAAUUAUGUACGAUUGUGAUAAAGGUUAUGUGUUGGAAGUUGGACCACCAGGCGCAACGUGUGUUGGUGGUAAGUGGAGGCCAUUGGAACUACCACAGUGUCUUUUAGGGCAACAUCCGCGUUUGAGAUGGAACCGUAAGAGACGUUCAAUUCAAAUGAGGUACCUGCGCUCUCUGUAUUUGUUGCGAAAUAAACGAAUUCUUCAGAGCAAACUAGAAGAAUACGCAAAGUAUACUGAUCCAGCGAGGCAAAUUUCACAAAUCAAAGCUGAUAGUACCACAAAAGAUGAUUGGAAGCGGAGAGUAAAGAGAAAUCCUAUCGAAUUAAACCAAGCAUAUUCCAAGUAUUAUCAAAAAAUUAAACAGAAAUAUCAAAACUAUGUUAAAAACCUUUUGGGUUAUAAUAGAUUACUUAACUCGGCAGAUUUUCGUAAUAAAGCCGACAAAAUUGAGAUGCCAGAUGAUCCUUGGUCCAGCUCGUAUAACAAUCCAGAUAUAUUGACACGUUUUAAGGCACCACAUAAAGCACGUAUUCUACCUAGUGAUUAUUCUAGUAUCGAUUUUGAUGAACAACAUGGACAUAAAACCUUUGCUUAUUUACCACAAAAAGGUGUUUUCGGUGGUAGAAUUUUAAUGCCUGAUAAAAGUAUGAACUCUCGUUUUAAGGCCGACAAAAAGAUAAAUGUUACAGAUAGUCAAAUUUUCGAUAAUAAUUCUUACGAUUUCUUUUUAAAUAAUUUACAAAAUUCCAAAAAGCUACCUAUCCAAAACAAUGAUAAUGAAACGCUGAUCGAUCAAUUGAAAUCCCAAAUUGUAAAACGGCGACGUAAACGUAGCAACAAUUCCGGCGAUGACGAUGGCGCAGAGCAAGGAGAAUAUGAAAAAGGUCGCAAGCGCUUACGUGGUCCAUGUGAAGACCUCGAUUGGGACUCAUUUGCUAAUAUAAGUACUAUUAGACCUGGUAAGGCACCCGGCCGUAAUAGUGUGGGAAUAAUACUCGCUUUAGAAUGUAACGCAGGAUUUAAACUUAAUAUUAAGGGAGAUAAUGCAACUGCAAGAUGCAUACGUGGCAUUUGGAAACCAGAAACUCCAAAAUGUCAAUCAGCACCGUGCCUAGUACCUGCCGUCGAACACGGCAAAUAUUACAAGGUCGAACCGCAUACUAAACAGCUAACCGAUAAGCCAUCUUUGACGCCACUUUCCACCUAUGAAGAAAUACAAUCGAAUGAGUUUAUAACGCUCGAAUGCGAAGACGGCUACAAUAUACAAGGUUCUGCUCAAUUGAGAUGUGCACAUGGCAGUUGGUCUGUAAAUGCAUUCUCUGAAUGUAUAUCGAUACCCUGUACGUUGCCAACAAUAAAUGGUGUAAUAUAUGAGGGUGGUUAUCGCUCUGGCUUGACAAUUGGACAUGGCAGCUCUGUAAACGUACAUUGUGAUCAUUCAACUAAUACAAUGCCUAUAGAAAUGUCAUGUAAUAAGGGUAUUCUAAGUCCACAGACGAUCCACUGCGAAACUGGUUCACGUAAAUCACGUGAAGAAUUUCUAUUGGAAAGUGAGUUAGUGUCGAAUGAAAAAACUCAUAGAGAAUCGACUGUAUUAACAUUGCCAGGCAAAGCAGAUUCUUCUGAUUUGGAUGAGUCAACAAAUUCAACAGAUGAACUACAAAAUGUUACGGAAGAAGCGAAGAUGUGUGGUCCUCCGAGUAUAUCUGAUGGUGCUCUUGUAUACAGAAAUGGUGAUAGCGACGCCGAGGGUAUUUAUGAAAGUGGUACCGAGAUUUAUUUCAAUUGUAUUCCAAGCGCUGCCGGUGAAAGAAAUACUUGGAAAAUUAUAUGCGAAAACGGACAAUGGAUUGGCCGAUCUUAUAAUUGUGCGAAUGGUACAUGUUUGUUCAAAAACAAUGAGCCAAAUGUUGUCAGUUUCUACAACGAUUUAGAGAUUCGCGAAGACAGUGUCGAAUUUCCACCCGGUGCAACUAUAAUAUCAAGAUGUACCGAUAUAGGAAAAUUUGCAUUAGUCGGUAGUAAUGAACGCACAUGUAUACAUUCUGAAUGGACAGGCACUAAACCAGCAUGUUUUGGCUUAAAUCAAGAAAACGAUUAUGCAAUGGAAAAAGCUCCAACAAUUUUAUUCCGCCAUCAGAAUGGUCCCAUAGCACAGAGUAAUGAUGGUAAGCUAAUAGUAUAUCCUGGUACGACAUUGCAUAUGGAAUGCCUAUGGAUGCGUAGAUUUGGUAAUCCAAAAUGGACAGUCAGUCAUACCUUCAGAAAUUAUACUGAAGGUUGGGUAACUGAAGCAGAUGAAGGUCGUGAUUCUACACUGGAAUAUCGAUUAAGCAUUACUAGUGCCGUUGAUGAAGAUUCUGGCACAUAUUCUUGCCAGACGCCGGCGCGACAUGAACAUGGUGUCGAAGUUGUAGUACGCGCUAUUAGUUGUCCCGAAAUUCCAAUACGUCGUGGCUUAAUUGUAAGCACAAAUGAUACAAAACUCAGUACACGUGUACUGCUUUCGUGCGCUAAUGGUAAUUCUUUAAUUGGUGCAUCAGAACUGUUUUGCUUGCCAAGUGGCAAUUGGAGUGCUCCAUUGCCAGUUUGUGAAAGUGUCGAAUGUGGUGAUAUACCUUUGCCCAAUAAUGUCAGUUCGCCACGUGUAGCUGUGUUAUCACGUGAAGUUGGUGGUAGAGCAGCAUUUUCUUGUGCAUCUGGUUACGGGUUGCGUGGCCCAACAGAAGCCAUAUGCUUGCCAUCUGGUGAGUGGGCGACGCCAUUUCCCACUUGUGUCGAGGUGCAAUGUGAAAAUCCUGGUGCACCACAAAACGGAUAUGCUCAGGGCUCGGCACCAUAUCGUGCUGGCGAUGUAGUACAAUUCAAUUGCAAUCCAGAAUAUAUGAUGCAAGGUCAACCAAUAAUUGCUUGUCAGGAUAAUGGUCGUUGGUCGGGUAUCUUGCCGAAAUGUGUUCAGGCCUGUUCGUAUCCGGGCACUGCAAUCAGUGGUCGUAUGUCCUCUGUCAAAUUUUAUUAUGCAAUUGGUGAAAGUAUAACUUUUACUUGCGAUGCCGGUCUCGAGUUACGCGGAUCCAAAAUGCUUAAAUGUAUGAAAAAUGGAAAAUGGUCCAAUGCAAUACCGACAUGUGUUUCUAUGGAUCAAGUCAAUAAACAUCUCGCAAAUAUGGGAUAAACAAAUUUAAAUCAAUUAACAAAAACAAUAAUUAAGUGAAUCAAUGCGCAAUUAUAACAAAUACAAUAUCUACGUGGUUAAUCGGAUCUUAUGUCUUCAACAUUUUAAUGAAAGUUACGAAAAUUUAAUUUAAUUUAAAUUAUUAAAAUGUAUUAUCUUAGCUCACAGUUAGGAUUUUCUAAGAUAUUAUAAAUUAAA